UAAUAUUUCUUUUGAUUCUUUGAUUCUUAACCCUUUGAAAAAUUAUUAAAAUAAUUGUUUGACAAAUUUGUAAUUUAAAAAGACCGCCAAGUAUUUUUAAAAUUCGAUCCUAUCGCCAUCUAUGCAGAAACGGCUGAAACCGCUGAAACAAGGGAACACUAACGCUAUCGGCGCGAUAACUUAUCGACUGUUAAUUUGAGUUUUCGGAAAUGCGGUCGGUAAGUUGUCGAGUAGUUUCUGCCGUUUUUGUAUAGAUGGCGCUGGGAUCUAAUUUCAGAUACGCCAUCAAAGACGUUCAUAAUGUUCUCAACUUUUAUUGAAUGUGCUUGUAUAUCAUUGUAUACUGUAGCGAGAAGUCUUAUUACGAAACAUUUUGAAGUUUCGUAAAUGUCUUCUCACGGAAAAAAGAAUAAAAAGAAAGUAUUGACGAGACGGCCUCGGCAUGUCGUUGGAAAAGAAGAAAAAUAUCGGCAAGAAAGAGAUAAGUCUGACAAGGAAGAUGAGGGAACAGAGGUAGAAGAAGAAAAGGUUCAUUCUCUUUCUUUUCCAAUUGCAAUGUGGGAUCUUGAGCAAUGCGAUCCUAAAAAAUGUUCCGGUAGAAAACUAGUUAGGCAUGGCUUAGUGAAAAUACUCCGGUUAGGAAGCCGAUUUUCAGGACUGGUUCUUACGCCGGUUGGUCAAAAGUGUGUAAGUCCAACGGAUCGCGAUAUUAUACAAGAUUACGGUUGUGCAGUGGUCGAUUGCAGUUGGGCACGUUUAGACGAUACUCCAUUCAGUAGAAUGAGGACUCCUAAUCCUCGUCUGUUACCAUUUCUAGUUGCUGCAAAUCCAAUAAAUUAUGGCAGGCCGUGUCAAUUAAGUUGCGUGGAAGCAAUAGCUGCUGCUUUAAUUAUAACAGGUUUCGUCGAAGAAGCAAAAUUUUAUCUUGGAAAAUUUUCAUGGGGUCAUUCGUUUUUGGAAUUAAACGAAGAGUUAUUGAAGAAAUAUUCUGUUUGUACGAGCGCUGAAGAAAUUAUAGCCGCGCAAGAAAAAUUCCUUGUAGAAGCAAGGCAGGAAAAGAUAAACAGAAAUGCUGUUUCAGAUUUCCCACCAACCGAUUCAGAAACAGAAGAGGAGGAAGAGGAAUCAGUGUCCGCAAAUAUUGUUUCUCAUAUAGAUAAACAAAUGAACGAUAUGAAUAUAAUGUAAAAAAUAUUUCUGUAUAUACAUUUGUGUAUAAUAUCUUUAAUAUCUUUGUACGAUUGAAACGUAACUAUCGCGUGAAAUGUUUGUACCGCUCGAAUUGGUGCGUUACCAAUAAAAAAUAUUUACGAAUAUA